CGCGGACGGUUCCUGGACACGGCGGGGUGCGCUCUAGCCGAUCUAGCGCUGCGGACUACUCGUCUCUCGUGCGUCGCGACGCCGGGCGUACGCCGGGCGGCCACGUGAGCCCCGGAGCUGGUGGCGCUGGUCGCGCUCGCGGUGUUGUGUUCUGGUGGACGGGGUGGGACAGGUAGUGCUGGCUCAAUUUGGAUACCCUACAUCGCACUCCUCGGUGUCGCUGCCUCAAGUUACUACCCCUGUGCGAUGCGGCCCGUGGCGCGUGGCGGCCGUCGUGGAGGACGGGGCACUCGCUGAGGCUCAGCCCAGCGGGCCGAGAUGGAGGCAUGGGCGCUGCUGCUCGUCGCGGCCCUGGCCGGGCUGUGGCCCAGCCUCCCCGGACCCGGAUAUGUGGCUGCCCGCAAGGACCACUGCAACAAGACCGUGGACGUGUACGAGGACGUGGGCACGCCCGAGGUCACCCCGGAGAACUUCGGCAAGCCCCUGACCUGCACGUACCGGUUCCGGUCGCUGCGCGGCGCCAGGAGGGACGGCAUCCUGCGCAUCCGCUUCAAGAAGUUCAAGGUCGGCACGCUGGUCAACGCGAGCACCUGUCUCGGAGGCUACAUGCAGAUCAUUGACGGCAACGCUAAGUCGGACCUCAGCAACCGCAAGGAGCCGGGCGAGUUUUGCGGCGAGUCGGAGCAGCCGCAGACCUUCAUCUCGGAGACCAGCUUCGUGCGGCUGCUGUUCCACACGGACAACUUCACCGACCAGACGUACCUGAGCUUCGACAGCCGCGCCGAGGAGCAGUUCGAAGUUUACCUGCGCUACGGGCAGCACCCGGAGCUGUACCCCAACCGACGGGGGCAGGUUUUGCCGGGGACCUACUGCGAGAGGGUGUUCCAGGACUGCAAGCUGCAGACGUGCUACGUCCAGUCGCCCGCCUACCCCGGCGUGUACCCGCGACACCUGCACUGCCGCUACCAGCUCAACACGCGCCUGCCCUUCAUCAAGCUCUACAUCGAGAACGAGGAGUUCAACAUCGACGGGCACCGCUGCGAGAACAUCAUGACCUGCCCCAUGCGGCCCAUCUCCUCGGGUUCUCAGAACUGCCCCUACGACUACAUCCGCAUCUACGACGGCAAGAACGAGACGGCCCCGGUCAUCGGCACCUUCUGCGGCAUGGGCAAGUUCCCCUACUCCAUCAUCGGCACCGGCGAGGACCUGUUCGUCGAGUUCGUCACGUCGCCGGCCGGGCCGCUGCUCAACACGGGCUUCCACUUCAACGUGGGCAACUGGCCGGGCCACGUGGAGCCGGUGGGCGAGCGGACGGGGACCUGCAGCUGGCGGCUGUCGUCCAAGACGCUGUCCAAGGCCGGGGACUCGGAGGGCAUCUUCCUGUCCGUGGCGCACUGGUACCCACCGCACACAUCCUGCACCUACCUCAUCCAGGGCGAGCCCAACCAGAUCGUGCGCCUCUACUUCCCCAGCUUCCGGAUAAACCGCAUCGAGAGCCCCAUCGAGCCGUGGCCGGGCGACUGCGGCGAGUCGCUCACACUGUACGACGCGUCCUGGCCGGACGACUCGCGGAUCAUCAAGACCUUCUGCGACACGUUCAGCCGCGCGCUGGAGAAGCACGACUUCGUGUCGACGGGCAACGCGCUCUUCAUCCGCUUCGAGUCCAAGACGGGCAGCUACUCGGGCUCCUCGCUGUACUACUGGGCGCACUACGACUUCUUCAACAACACGCGCUUCGGGGACCCGGUGCCCGGCACGCCGUGCGACGAGACCUUCCUGUCGUGGCGGUCGCGCUCCGGCGUGCUGCGCUCGCCGCUCAACACGCUCAUCUUCAAGCAGGGCGCCACCACCUCGGCGCCGGAGAGGACGUCCACCGCCACGGGGGCGCUCAUCAUGGCGGCCAGGGCGCAGGCCGUGCAGGAGGCCGCCGACCCCUUCCUGGCGGCCGCGCUGCCGCCCAAGGACAUCCGCUGCACGUACCGCUUCGUUACGGACAAGCGCCUCUUCGCCAGGAUCAUCCUCAACAUCCACUCGCUGAGCUUCAAGACUGCGGCGUACAACACGGCGACUUGUGGCGAGUGCUGGUCCGACAGAGUGGACAAGUUGCUUGCCUGGGAGCCCCAGCUCAACUCCACGGGCCCCCUGGAGCCCCCCACCAACAGCAGCGGCGGCGCCGUGUGCCUCUGCAAGAACAACGCGUACGGAGCCGUAAUGGGAGGCAUCGGCCCGCUCCGCAUGGUGUCGCAGGGCGAGGAGCUGGCCCUGCAGCUGCUGGUUGACGGCGGCGGCGCCGUGUCCUCCUACUUCAAGCACAACAGCCCCCUGUUCGAGGCGGAGUACCGCUUCAUCCACGGCCCCCUGUGCGGACCCACGCUGCACCGCGCGGCCGACGAGGGCGACUUCCUGUUCCCCCACCUGGAGGCCCUGGCCUUCGCCGAGCCGCCCAGGGACAUCCACUGCAUCUGGGAGCUGCAGGUGCACCGGGACCGCGACCUCUGGCUGCAUUUCGAGAAGGUCAAGUUCCCCUCGCGGAACUGCUCGGACGGCAAGGUGGAGGUGUUCCUGCCGGGCAAGGUGCAGCCCUUCCUGACGGUGUGCGGCGACAACGAGACGGCGCUGCGCACGCUGCCGAUGCUGUCCUCCAAGGAGCUGACGCCGCUCAAGCCGGAGCACGAGCCGUCCGUCACCAUCCACUUCACGGCCUUCUCCACGCCCGCGCGCACCGCCUUCAAGAUCGCCUGGACCGAGCUGCACCACCUGCCGCGCACCCCGGAGGGCACGCUCAUGACGUCCAAGCUGCAGCAGCCCAAGGAGGCCGUGGUCGUGGCCAACAAGGCCGAGGCCGUGGGUGCGUCCAGUAGGCCCAGUAGCGCGGCGGCCGCCGCACUGUAGAAUCUUUUGUUCAGUUUGAGUCGACCAAGGCGCCACCUCCACGACGCGGCGCACGCCCGUCCAGGACGACGACGACGACUACGAGUACGAGGACCCGGCGCCGCUGUCCUCCCCGCCGGCGCCGCCCGCGCCGCC